GUGUUGUAGUUCUUCAGCCUGCCUGCUCAGAGCGAAACGCGUUGAGACGUCGCACUCUCGAAACUACAACUGACAAAACACUUUAGAAUUGAAGUCUGGAGGGAAGAAAACAACUUAUUCUGAAACAGUACAUGUUGUAAAUUAAACAUAAUUCAUUAUGUACGUUUGUUUAGACACCAGAAUAUCGGUAACGGUGAACCACGCAGCACCAGCAGGUAAAAAGGAAAAGGGAAAUGGCGUCUCAGUCCAUCCGUGAGCGCACCAUCGCGGAGAACAGCCUGGUCGUCCUGCUGCAGGGCCUCCAGGGCGAGGUGACCACUGUGGACCUGCGGGACGAGAGCACGGCCCGCGGGCGCGUCGUCAACGUGGACGCUUUUAUGAACGUCCGUCUGGAGGAUGUCCUGUACAGGGACAGGCGCGGGCGGGUCUCCGAGAUGGCCGACCUGUUCAUAACCGGCCGCAACGUCCGCUACGUUCACAUUCCAGACCACAUGAACAUCGCAGAGACCAUCCAGAGUCAGCUGGAGAAAAUACACCGUGUCCGCUACUUUGCGGAGAAAGGAGGGAGGAAAGAAUACGCAAAGAAGAAGAAAUAAGUACUGAGACUCUUGUUUUGUUCACAGGAAUUGUGUCUGUGUUUUUGUUUAGUUGAGUUUUUUAUUUGUUUACAUAUUUUUUAAGUUUGUUUGGACUAGUAGCUUUUUCACUGUUCGUGUGAAGCCCUGAGCAGCAUUUACAUUGUGUUGUUUCAUUGAUGAAUUUAUUAGGUGGUUUUUUUUUGUAUUGCUAAGUGAUUGAAGUUUUUCAAAAAGCAGCAUCUGUUGAAUCCUCCAGCAGUGACGGGUGUGACUGAGUUGAAGAUGCCAGUUGGCAUUUUAUCAAGAUGAGCCAAUGAAUAUUUGCUUAUGCAAGUGUGCUUAGAGCUAGAGAACCCAGCCUGUUAUUAUACGUCUCACCCCUUGGACAGAUCACAACGUUCACGUUAGCACUGAGGUUUAACUGAGGGCUCUUAGUCCAGGCCCUGCAAAUCACAGACAGUAGUGCUGGGCAUUGUGAUAAUAAUGCAGUGUCCAGUGGUAAACCCUGACUGUUAGAGACAGUCCUUCAGUUUGGGCCAUGAAUAUCAAAACUUUCUCAAAAACAGCUCUACUAUAAUAGGAUGCAUUUUUCCUCUAGAUAGUGGUCCCACCCACUAUAAAUCAAAACGUGAUUGGUUGAUUUCACUAUUACUUCCUUAUUGUUUUGGUAGUUAAUCUGACAGGCCUUCAGUUCAGCUCCUAAAGUCCUAACCAAUGGGAGAGCUCGCCUGGCUGUAUCUACAUAGAUGCCUCAGAGAAAACAAUUCUGAUUGGAUCAUUCUCUGUUGGGCGUUUCAAGAAUUUAACCCUUUUGUUUCUGUUAAGGAAAAAUAGGCUCUUAAAUACAGAUUCAAGGGAAGCUCAUUGUUUAGCUGCUUUUCCCACAAUCAGUGAGCUUCAGUCUUAGGUAUUCUUAACUAACUAGAGCUGCAGCACUGGUCUGCCUCAGGGUGGCGCUGUAGCAAACUGGUUCACCCAGUUGGUCCCUUAUAGUCUGGCAACCGUAUAUACGAGAGUGUAUUUUGCACGCUGGUUAAGGCUAACAGCUUUGUGAAAUCGCUUCCAGUUCUUCUUUCUCGUAAAAGUAGUUGAUGUUUGGAUGGUCAAGGCCCUAAAACCUACGAGAGAGUUAAGUUAUUUGAGUUAAGAGUCCGAAAGUGAAUAAUAUGUGCUGACACAGAAGAAAACAUUGUAGUGGACAGAGAGAGAGAGAUAGUGUGUGUAUUUGUGUUUUUGGGAUGCUCAGGAAUUUGAAGUGGGUAUGGUAUCCAUGAGUGUUAUCAGCAGAAGUCUGGUCUUUCUCAAAACAUGCAGAGGCUGGAAAAAAGAGGAAAGCACCUCCUCAUCAUCUCCAGGCCAAGCUGUAGAAGACCAUUAGCUCACAGCGGUGUGUCUAGAGCAGUAAAACAUUAAAGCUGAGGGUCCUCUAGAAUAACACUCCUUCAAAGGAGAACACUCUCUUUAAUGUUUUGAACUAGAGCAAAUCAUGAAUUUCUGAAUCAUAAAGUUAAUCGAUCAUAAAAGUUAUGAAUCAUAAUAUUCAGGAUGCUAAAGUUUAUCUGUCAUAAAGUUCUGAAUGAAGAGGUUCAAGAAUCGUAAAGUUGAUGAAUCAUAAAGUUCUGAAUCAAAAAGUGAAUGAAUCAUAAAUAUCUUGAAUCAUAGAUGUAUCCUUCACAUAAUCCUUUGUGUCAGCACCAGUGCAGUUAGGAAGAAAUAACAGAAAACACCAGCACUGACAGUGGAGGAGAGACCAGUUUGUGUACAAACACAAUGCUUUUUAUUUUGGUUAUUAAAAGUUCAGCAUGCUAGCCUUCUUAAAAGACUAUUUUUCUGGGAAUAAGAUGCUGAUGCUGACGCUAGCAGCUAGUAGUGAGCUGCCAUAAAGUUCAUCAUCACAACGUUCAUGAAUCAUAAAGUUUGGAUUCAUAAUGUUCAUGAUUCAUAAAGUUCUGAAUCAAAAAUUCAUGAAUCAUGAAGUUUUGAAUCGAAAAGUUCAUGAAUCAUAAAGUUCUAGAUCAUAAGAUUCAUGAAUCAUUUAGUUCUGAAUCAUAAGGUUUUAUAUCAUAACGAUCGUGAAUUAUGUUCUAAAUUGUAAGGUUCAUGAAUCAGUGAGUUCUGAAUCAUAAAGUUCAUGAAAGAUGAAGCUCUAAAUCAUAAGGUUCAUGAAUUAUAAGUUGCUGAGUCAUAAGGUUAAUGUAUCAUAAUGUUUGAAUCAUACAAUGUUGAAUCAUGAAGUUUAUGAAUCAGUUCUGAAUUAAAGCUCAUGAAUUAUAAAGUUAA